CUGACCUGCUACGGAAGGGAUGGACGGGUAGUCGGUGUUGUUAUAGCUACGGGUGGGGUCGGUCAUUUUAGUCCGUUGUUUCUUUGACGAGGUCUUGCAAUGGUAUACUACUCGUGUAUUGUCCAGAAGGAGUAGGAAGAGGUCUGUGUAGGGGUUUGUAUAUACCAUCGACCUCUUUCUCCCCAUCGAUGACGUAGUUGACGUCGACUUAGUCCGAUCGAUCGACGCGCUUCCCCAACUACAAAAAAGUCGUCAAAGAGGUCCUCUCUUUACAACUUCAGACUACCUUCCACUUCUUCACAUCCUUCUCUACUUCUUACACCAUUGAUAUCCUGGCAUCUGGUAUCAUCCUCCAUAGCACCAACCGGUAGCCAUGCCCGAUUUCACCAAAAACUCAUCCUCGCAUCCGUUGUUAUCACGGCCGAUCAACGUCUAUUCGAUCCCACCCGAGUUGCUGGACCUCUUGACCGUUCGGUCGGUGACGAACACCGGGGCGCUCCAGGUCAUCUCUUCUGCCGAAGGUCAGGACCCCACUGCUGUUCAUGAAGAGUCGGGUGAAAACUAUAUUAAUACUAAAAAGACCGGAGAGGAGGAGGCCGUGAUCGUGGAACCGGGCUCGAGCUCGAGCCUGACCUGCCAGACAUGCCUAUCAACGACCUUCCCGACGUUGGAAGAACAACGAGCGCAUUUCAAGAGCGAUUGGCAUAGGUACAACGUCCGGGUGUCUAUCAACCAGAAAGGAACUUUGAAGGGAAGUUUGCAGGGGAAAGGUGGGAGGGGGGUACCGAGAGGGGUGUUGACGGAGGAAGAGUUUGAGGAGGUGGAUGAUGGCGUAUCAUCCCUCUCAGGCUCAGCAUCGGACACUUCCGCCUCUUCACAUUCUCCGUCGACACCUGCAUCUGCAUCUGGAAUCGGUUCGACGACGGACCGGAUUACGAAGCUCGUCCGAAGGGCUCACCUUCAGCCCCUCUCCCGUUCGCAAACGCCCACGGGACAAAUUGAAGGUGAAGGUGAUGGUACUGCAGCGGGCGAGGCGGGGUUGGAUUUGGAUUCGGACGAAGAAGCUGAACAGAACGAGUAUAGACGGAGGGCCGAGUUGAGGACUGCCGUGGUGUGGUACGGCGUGCGCAAGGACUCUCAUCCCGAUCCAGCUGCACAAGCACAAGCACAACAGCAAGGACAGAAGCAGCAACAGACGCUCGUCCCUGUUGAUACGCAGCUGGGCGUACAUAGAGCUCUGUUACCUCCGGGCUUGAGCGAUCCGUCCACCUUCUUACCUGCGCUCCGGUCCAUCCAAUUACCCUACAAAUCGAGUUCAUCAGGGGCGGGACAUGACUUCGAUUUUGACCACGAGAACCCUAAUACGGAACGUAAACUCACCCUCUUGAUGGUUGCGGGGGGUCAUUUUGCCGGGAUGGUCGUCGCCCUCAAACCACUGAAUUUGAUCCAAGGUAAAGGGGUAAAGGCGGAGAGGCAGGAUGUGAAGGGAGCAGCGGAGAUUAGGGUUUUGAGGCAUAAGACUUUUCAUCGGUAUACCACACGUAAAAAGCAAGGAGGGUCUCAAGCGCUGAACGACAAUGCCAAGUCCAAAGCCAACUCUGCUGGUGCGAUGCUCCGUCGAUACGGAGAACAGUCUUUGCAGGAAGAGAUCCAGCGGCUGAUGAUCGAGUGGGCGGACGAGGUGAGGACGUCGGAAAAGAUCUUUUUGAGGGCGAGUACGGCGGGGAAGAGGAGUUUCUGGGGGUACGAGGGGGCGAUUUUGGAAAAGGGGGAUGAGAGGGUGGUCACGUUUCCGUUCCCGACGAGGAGGCCGACCUUGGCGGAGCUCUUCCGGUGUUACCACGAGCUCACUCGGGUCAAGAUCACCCACUUGUCGGACGAGGCCAUUCUCGCGCUGGAACAAGCCUAUAUCGCCUCGCUUCAACCCAAGACUCGGCCGGUCCCCACGCAAUCACACAUUCCUCAGGUCAAGGAGAAGGAGACCAAACCCAAACUGAGCCCAGAGGAAGAGUCCUACCGUGAACGCCGGAACAGGCUGGUCGAUAUGGUCAGGAAAGGUCGGAUGGAGCCCUUGCAGGCGUUCUGGGCGAAACAUGGCGAGGCGUUUGGUGGAGUCGAUGCGGUUGUCGAGGAGUGGGCAGAGGAGGGGAGCGGGAUGACGUUGUUGAUGAUCGCCUCACAAGCGGGUCAAGAAGACGUGACCAGGUGGUUGCUCGAGGAUCUUCGGGCGGACCCGACGUUGACGUUGGGUGGUGGGGGUGGUGAAGAGGUCAAAGAGGCCGACGAACAGGAUCCUACCGCCGAGCCCCCGGCAUCGACGACCACGCCAACCGCGAAAGGACGAGGUCGAACGGCAUACGACCUGACCACCUCGAAACCCGUUCGAAACGUCUUUCGGAGACUCGCUCACGACCAUCCGGAAUGGCAUGACUGGAUCGGGGCGGCACACGUGCCUUCGGGCUUGAGCGAGGAAAAAGAACUCGAACAGGAGAAGAAAAAGGCAGACAGGCGCAAGGGGAUGCGGGAAAAGGCCAAGGAGAGGGAGGCCAAGCGGCCCGUCGAGGUUGCCGCACCUGAACCCGUCGCGGCCGCGCCGAUUCCGGCUAAACCCUUGACGGGACCUCAGAAGCUGGGUGGAGGACGACCUGGUGGGGAUACGUCGAGCCUGGCUGGGCUCACCCCGGAGAUGAGACAGAGGAUCGAGCGAGAAAGACGGGCUCGAGCGGCCGAGGCCAGGUUGACGGGAAAAUAGACGGAUAGAGAUCGGAUUGCGAUACGACGUAUAGAAAGUCGAGUAUAAUGUAUAGUGUUGGCAAAACUGAACGGCGUUCACUGAACGCCUACUGAACGCCGUUCUCACAGGGGUCCGAGUUCGUGAACGUGAACGUGAAUGUGAACGGCUGAUCGGUGAACGCCGUUCACCAAAAGUCUUGAGACGUUCUAGACGUUCAAACGUCUCAUAGCAGUCACAUCAGCGAACGUCUGAACGUCUCACAUACAUCAUGACAACGAUAGUUACAGAGCAU